GAACAAUGAUGUGUAUGUAAAAAAAUAUAUAGUUAUGUCGCAUUCGUAUUUAUAUCCGUGGCUGUAGAGGUCGAGUUGAUUCAUAUUUAGCAAUUAAAGUCCUCGCAUUUGGCACUAUUCGUGUCAGAAGAGCGCGAAUUGAUGUCGCUACAUCGAAUAGAUUAAACAGCAAUCGAGAUCAAAACCAAAUAUGGAGAUGCCAGAGUAUUUCACAGAAUGGUCCAUCCGGAUGACGGAAGUACUUGCUGAUAUCGGAGCUGGAAAGGAUACUGUAAUUGAGCGGAGAAGAACGUUCUUGAGGAUGGAAUGCAUGGCGGAAAUAGCGAGUAAAUAUAAUGGACAGGAUUUUGAAUGCUUCCAUUUUGGGAGCCAAUCGGAAGGGACCACCACACCCGGUCUCGAGUCUGAUAUUGAUUUCCUUGCGAGUGAUAAUACAGCGAAUAUAAUGAAAGACUGGGGACACUGGAAGGCCGGGAUGCGCAACCUUUUGAUGCUCAAGGACGACUUUACUCCACCUCAACAGUACUUGCUUCAAAAAAUAAGAAGUGACACACCGGAACCGGUGACCAGUCUGCGUUGUGACCUUGCCGUAAAGAAAGAUUCUGGAGAAGUACUGUAUAGUGCUGAUAGAAUAAAAGAGUAUAUCGAGAAAUUUAUAAUUGAGAAUCUCAACGAUAAUCGAGAAAAUAUACACAGAAAUGGGCCUUCUGUGAGCAAUAAGCCUAAUUGGGAUAAUGUACCGGCAUUUCACGUAUGCAAGCCUCUUCCUGAAAUACAGCAAUGGAUAGACAGAUGUAGAGGUAGACACUGGCCGUCUGUCCAGCUACUUGAUGCUGCAAGGGUAGCUCCGUGUUUCCUGGUCCCUGCUGGGCACCCAGACAGUGACUACAAGCGCGAAGAGUGGCGACCGUCUCCGAACCUAAUAGAAAGAAUGAUGAUGUUUAGCUUUAAUAUGACACAGAUAAAAUGUUAUAUUAUUUUAAAACUAAUUAAAAAGGCCUUAUUUACUAAAAUUGUAGGAGACGUCAUAACAAGCUUUCAUUGUAAAACUUUAAUGUUUUACACAAUAGAAAGAACACAUCCUUCACUGUGGUUUGGACAUAACCUUCUGAUUCUAAUUUCGAAUUGUUUAUGCAUAUUAAGGAAAUCGCUGCUAUUGGGAAGGCUCCCGCAUUAUAUCAUACACGGAGUUAACUUGUUUGAUGGGAAAGUCUCUAAGAUGCAGCAGAGGCGCCUUUUAGUGUAUGUAGACUCCAUGAUAAGGAGCAAUUUACAAGACGUAUUAACUAUUGAUAUAGAUAAAAUAGGAAGUCGUUUAAGAGCUUGUAGCAUUGUACAAGCUGGUGAAAAAAGGCGUGUAUGCGUACGUGACCGCAUCAGCUUACUACUGAAUUUCGAGAGUGUGAACCUCUGUUCGAAGAUGUUAGUUGCAAUAAAAUAUAAAAUGCACAGUUCUAAUACAACCGUUCAGCAAAAUAUAACUUGUUUACUUCGCAAUGUUUUUUAUUGUUCCACUAAUGUCAGAAUGAAAACUGUUGCUUUAGAGUGUAUUAAACACCUUUACGUGGUACACACUUUAAUGCAAUUAUCUAACUGCUUGCGAUUUGGAAACGUUUUUGACAUCAACAUUAUAAGACGUCUUAAACAUACCUUAAAUACGGAUGUAGCUUCUAAUCGCUUAAAAUUGGCUUCUAUAUUGUACUGUAGUGGACAUAUUCACGCGGCAGUUAGAGUGUUGGAGGAUGUGCGGAGGAGGUUUCACAGCAAGGUCAAGGCUGUGUGCAGUUAUAGAGUACUAGUAAUAGACGGGGUCAGAGAUCUCAAUGUGUUUAAUAAUAUGCUAACAGGUAACAGUGACAAUGGAUUGAGUGAAGAGCAUUUCGCAUUCUGUGUCCAAUUUUCUAGGCAAGAAUCUUACUGCACUCCUGUUGCAUUGUUGUUUGAAAUGAAUCGCAAUAUCACUGAAGAAGGAGUGGCACAGAGACAUUUCGCUGCGAAACGAUGGAUGGACAGUGCUGAGGUGGAUGCUCGUCCGUUACUUCAUUAUCUACAGUAUCUUUCAUAUGGCGGACUUGGCGAACGGCACAAACAACAGUGUGCAUUAUUAGCCUUGAAAUCUUGUAUAUUUGAUACAAGUAAUACAAUCAACCGGUAUCACUUCGAGACUGCAAUGAACUUGCUGGGGCACUGCCAUGAAAUGGAAGGUGACUAUACAAAAGCGUUACAUUUCUACAGUGAAUCGCUGAGUUGUUAUAAUACAAGCAAUAAUGCCGCUAACUGGCACGUCCGGCGUGUUUUGCGUCUAAUAAGCGGUUAACAUACGACUCAAAUGGUUAUUUGUGCAAAAAGAACUUUUUUGUAGUGGACAUAUUCACGCGGCAGAGUGUUGGAGGAUGUGAAGAGGAGGUUUCAUAGCAACGUCAGGGCUGUGUGUGCAAAUAGAAAAAAAGAAGGGGCCACGGGACUCAAUGUGUUUACUAAUAUGCUGUCAGGUGACAACGAAUUCAGUGAGUUACCCUUAGAAUUCUGUGUCAAAUUUUCUAGGCAAGAAUCUUAAUGCAAUCCUGUUAUAUUGUUGUUUGAAAUGAAUCACAAUGGCACUGAGAGAUCACAAUGAGAAACAAUGGAUGGACUCUGCUGAGGUGGAUGCUCGCCCGUUCCUUCACUAUCUACAGUAUCUCACGUAUGGAGAACUCGGUGAACGUGAAAAGCAGCUAAAUUCAUUAUUAGUCUUACAUUCUUAUAUAUUUGAUAAAAGAAAUCAAAUUAACUUGUAUCACUACGAGACUGCACUCAACUUGCUUGGUCCCUGAUAUUACAUGGAUUGAAACUAUGAAAUUGCGUUACAUUACUACAGUGAACUUGCUGGGGCACUGCCAUGAAAUGGAAGGUGACUAUACAAAUGCGUUACGUUUCUACAGUGAAUCGCUGAGGUGUUAUAAUACAAGAAACAAUGCCACAUACUGGCACGUCCGGCGUGUUAUAAGCCAAAUAAAUGGUGAAUGGUGAACAUACGAAACAAAAUGUUUUCUUGUGCAAACAAAAGAACUUUACAUGUUUAUCAAGGAUUUAGGUAAUCAAUUAGUUUUAUUUUUAUCGUGUAAUCCAUGUUAUAAAAUAUAAAGAAACAUGAUUCAUAUUUUGAAACAUUUUCAUAGUUGUUACGUUCUACAUUGUCUUGUUAGAUUUCCUCAGAUAGGAGGACCUAUGCUGUACGUUUUGUUAAGUGGUUUUGUAAAAUUAUGAAUGCCAGUCGAAUGCAUACUGUAAUUAAUUUGUGCUGUGAAUGAAUUUCGUAAUUUAAGUUAAGAAUCAGACAUUUUAAGCAGUCUGUACAAUUAAAAUGAUAACUAUAAUAUAAAUAUAUAUUUGACAAUGAUACGUCUGCCUGCCAACAGGUAUGAAGCCAUUACGCGCAAUGAUUUUUAUUUUAAUCGUGCAAACAUAUCAUUUUUUUAUAAACGGCCACCGGAAAAACUUUGCGAAACCGAAAUUUCGCA